AUGCCUUCAACAUCUGUACUGGACUCGUCCCUGCCCGUCUUCGACUUUUCCGGUUUCCGUGCCGGUACCUCUGAGGAAAGAAUGAAAACUGCCAAUCGGGUCACCUAUGCGUUCAAGACUUAUGGUUUUGUGUACCUGGUGAAUCAUGGACUCCCAAAAGAAAGGAUUCAGGCUCUUUUCGAUUGGAGUAAAAAGCUUUUCCUCCUCCCUCAAGAAGUACUAAUGAGCCCUGAGCUGCGCCGGCCGGAGCCAGAGUCAAUACCGGGGAAUCUCCAAAUUUGUGCUCGGGGUUAUGGACCCGUCGGUAUGGAGAAACUCUCAAAUCUGGAUCCUAACGAUGAGAACGGUUUGAAGGCACAUCGAGGCAUCCCCGAUGCAAAGGAGUUAUUUGAGACUGGCCCGUAUUGGGGCAUCGGCCAGGAACGUGAGCCCAACCGUUAUCCUUCCAAAGAUGUUCUUCCCGGAUUUGAGGAAUUCGUCAAAGAAUUCUUCAUGGAGGCUCAAGAGCUGACGCUGGACAUCCUCCGAUCCAUCGCCAUAGGUCUUGGCCUGGAGGAAAACUACUUUGUCCACUACCACGAAGACGCAGACAAUUUGUUCCGCUUCCUUAGGUAUCCUCCGAUUGAGCGGGCCACACUGAGCUCUGGGGAGACGGCGCGGACCUCACCUCACACCGAUUUUGGUACUAUCACGAUCUUGUUCCAAGAUGAUGUUGGAGGAUUGCAGGUAGAGAAUCCUGAAAAUCCCGGCACGUAUCUCGUUGCCACACCUGUGGAGGGAUCUGUGAUAGUGAAUGUUGGCGAUUUCCUUAUGCGAUGGACCAACGACAGCCUGAAAUCCAACUUGCACCGUGUUGUGGAACCUCCGGCGGAACGUGAAUUAGGAGAUGGGUUGGAGCUUACGAAGGAGAGGUUUUCAAUGCCUUAUUUCGUUCAAGCUGAUCGUAGCAAAGUUGUCGAAUGCAUUGAAAGUUUGAAAGGAGACGGUGCAAAAUAUCCCCCUAUUAGCGCCGGGGAAUAUAUCAACCUGCGCACUAAUGCUGUUUUCAAAUCGUAUUAG